AUGGACUUUCUGGCUAAGCACUUGCUAUCCGGUAAGACUGAAAUGGUCAAGGCUGUGGAUUCUGAGGGUACUAUAUCUGCAGGUACUGAUGCUGAGGCAAACUAUUUGGAGCAGCAAAUGAGACAACUUUCGACUACUCUGAAUCUGAGAAAAGCUAUCACUUUACCUAGUGAUAUGAUUCAGAACCUGCGGACCGAUGGCUCUUGUACGGUGAUUACCACUCGUAGUGGUAAGAUAUUAUCUGGCCCUUCUAUGGGCAAAGCUGUGGAGAAAGAGAGGUUGAAAAAUAAAGAAGAUAAUGAGAAAUUUAGCAAGUUAAUGACAAUAAUGAAACAGCUGACUGUGAAUUUGCCAUUAAUGGAGCCACUUGAGCAAAUGACGAACUAUGCUAAAUUUAUGAAGGAAUUGCUAACAAAGAAGCGAAAGGUAAGUUGUGAGCCGAUUGACAACAUCCAUCACUGUGGUGCUGUGUCUUCACAAUCCUUAGUGCAGAAAGAGCCUGAUCCUGGAGCAUUUACCAUACCGUGCACAGUUGGGUCUAUAAAGUUUACCAAAGCUUUAUGUGACUUAGGAGCAAGUAUAAAUCUGAUGCCGCUUGAUAUCUACAAAAAUCUUGGAUUGGGGGAUCCUACCCCCACAACAAUGCGUCUUGUUAUGGCAAACAGAUUGAUGAAAUGGCCAGUAGGUGUAUUGCAUGAUGUACCGGUAAAAGUGGCUGACUUUAUUUUGCCUGCAGACUUUGUGAUACUGGAUUGUGAUGUUGAUUUUGAGGUACCCAUCAUCUUGGGUAUACCAUUAUUAUCCACGGGGAGAGUAUUGGUUGAUAUGGAGCUCAAUGAGCUCAAGUUCAGAUAUGGGAAAAAGGAGGCCAGAUUUAAAAUACAACCUCCUAUGAAGCAGUUAGAGGAGAUGAACAUCUUCUUAGUUGUGGAUGUAUUCUAA